CUACAAAUCACUUCCUGUUUGAGUGUAGAAGUUUAGCUCACAGACCUUGGACAAGUCUAAUAAGCAGUCCGGAAUAUAAAACGAAGAGGUACGUUUCUUUGGUUGCUUUAAAUUCUCUUUGGUAAAGAUUUAUUUCUCAUUCAAUGAGGGCUUUUUCUAGAAAUAAGACCUUUAGUGAAAGAGGUAAGGCGACUCAAGUAGCAUGUUGGUACAUGUAGUACAAGUAUCUUCAGUACCUUUCCGUCGCGUCUACCAACUCACGAGAAACAAAAGUACUGUACCGGUAUUUUUAUAAAAUGACGGAUUUAUUAUAGAUUCAGUGUUCGAAUACGAGUAAACACAACCAAGAGAGUAACCUGUUCCACAUCUCUUCGCGCCUUCCCACGAUCUGUACGCCUAGAACCCGGCCGGGGUAGUUUCGCAAACGAAGCACUCGAAAACGAAGACCGAAGCACGAAGCACCCAAAUCUCGAAAACGAAGAACCCUAGAUCGAAAGCGAAGCACCCUAGAUCGAAAACGAAGCACCCAAAACUCGAAAACGAAGACCCCUAAAUCUCGAAAACGAAGCACCCAAAACUCGAAAGCGAAGCACCCAAAACUCGAAAACGAAGCACCCUAGAUCGAAAACGAAGCACCCAAAAACUCGAAACCGGUCUGUCCUUUAUAAACACGAGACCAAUGCUAAUACAGCAGGAAUCAAGCACGAUAACGAAUUCUCCUGUUCCCCACCAUAGAGCCAGUGGUCCCAGGCUGUUAUCCUAGAACAAAUUCUGCCUGGAUCUGAUCUGAUCUGAUCACGCAGUGUCAUAGAUAUCCAAUAUGUUAGACUGCAAAACAAUCGGUUUUUUUUCUCAAAAUCAGUAAAGAAGUCGGUAAAACGUGGCGUAAGAGUAAUGCGCGCGAGCCUCACACUCCGUUUUCAGCCUCGUUUCAGACCUUUUGUGUUACUGCUCACGCGUACUUGAAUACGCCAAAAUCUGCUGACGCACAGUUUUGAAGUCUACAUAAACAUGUAUCUAUUUUCGAGUUUUGAGUGCUUCGUUUUCGAGAUUUAGGGGUCUUCGUUUUCAAGUUUUGGGUGCUUCGUUUUCAAGAUUUUGGGGUCUUCGUUUUCGAGAUAGGGUGCCCCGUUUUCGAGAUAGGGUGAUUCGUUUUCGAGUUUUGGGUGCUUCGUGCUUCGGUCUUCGUUUUCGAGUGCUUCGUUUUCGACACUACCACCUGGCCGGGGCGGCUGAAACAGGCUAAUGGUCCCGUUGCAUCGUAACGUAAAUGAUUGAACCAUUUUAACCAUGUUAAAGGUGCGGCACUUAUUUUAACUACAGUUAAAACACUGAGGGGAAUAUAGAGAGAACUCAGAGUUGUGCAAGAAAAAGGAUAACCCCCGAGGAUGUACUUUUCCAUUCAGAGCCCCCCUCCUGUCCUAACAAGGGUGGGUGUUUAUGUGUAAAUACCCAAAUUAGCGGCGCGGCACCUAUUCGAGAGCGGCACUUAUUAAAUUAUGUUUGGUAGGGGUACUGCACUUAUUCGAGUAGCGGCGCUUAAUUGAUCAUUUACGGUAUGCUCUUCUUGACAAAACCUAAUCCUCAAGAUUAUAUAUCACUUAUGGAUAGCCAUUAGACCGUUUUCAGUCCCCAAUUUUUCAGUAAGAUCGUUGAGAUGGAGCGCUUUGGGUUAUGAGAAGCCAUCUUGGAUGAGGGAGCAGGGAACGGUUUGGGAGGAUGCCAAACUGCCCCUCGCCCCUUAAGAAAGGAGGAUAUUACCAUCUUCUGUUUUACAGUAGUGUUGGAGGACAACAGUGUUUGAAGUUGCGAAAGACACGUACAUAUGUUGGCAUAUACACCAGCUCAGUAAGAUAUCUACCGGUCAUGUUAAUCACAGAUGUAAUUAUAUGUCGCGUGCCAAGUUUCAAGCAGCCAGAUUCUUUGAGAAGAAGAGAAAGUAGGUGGCAGGCCAGCGAAGCUCAAUGAGAAAAAGGGUGACAGAGGUCUAGAGCGAGAGAUAAAAAACAGCGGAGACAUUUUUUUGUUGGAAGAACAACAUGAAAAUUUUGCAGUGGCGGUGACAAAAUGGGAAAUGCUAGUGGCCACCAUAUGCAAAGUGAAAAUGAGCAGCAGUGAAAAAAAAAGUGAACGAGAACAGGUACAACAUUUCCUCCAUAAAACGUGUAACUAAGAAGUUUCUGGAAGUUUCACGUUGUAGUCGUGCAAAACAACAGCAAAGAAAUGUACAAAAAAAAAUGUCCUGCACUUUCAAAGUCGCUUUUUUUGCUAAUUAGACCUAUAGUGUUGUUUUUCACUGUUCUCCAGUGUUGCCUUUGCCGCUUCGCAUUACAGGAUUUUAUAUUUUGUUUGAACAAACUAUAAAUAUUAUUGAGAGCUUUGCUUUUAGCCCUGGCUAAAUCUAUAUUUUAUUGUGAGGAGAUCCAAAAUACAGAUGUUCUUUUCGAAUAUUAAAUUAGAUCAAAACUAGGAGGCCAGCAAUAAUAAAUUUUGUUAUGUUUGACUUAAGACACAGCUGUGUUUAUAAUGUAUUGUUGCUCAUGGUGUAUAGGCUGAAUGGCUGUCCUCAGUCUGUUGAAAAGAUAUUCUUGACAUGCAUUGUACAGUUCGUGUAACUGUAGUUGCUGCAUAUUGUUGUAUUGAAGAAGAUAAUUGUACUGUAAGCUGCAAGUGUUGCCUGAUCUCCUCAUCACUUUUUGAAGCAUCGGCAGUAGGUGUUCCCUCUCUUCAUUGGCUUCAAUUACAGUGUAAUCGUAGUAUUUUGUCACUACAUGUACCUCUGUAUAUGUUUGUGAUCGAGCAGGCGCUGUGUUCGCAGCUUCGCAGCUUCUUGUUGUGGUGGUCUUCUCCGCUCGCAAUGAAUUUUAGUUGGCAUUUUUGAGAGCUAGAGCAGUUUUGGUGGAAAAUCUUUUCCACAGACUUGUUGUGCUUGUUGUUCUGUGUCAUUUGCAUGGGAAAUUGCUUGUGAUAUUCACCGACCGUAAACAUUGUUUCACAGACGAUGAAUAAGCACAUCAGCCCUUCAUGAAUACAACAUGAAAGUGUGCCUUGGUAAUCGGCAACAAGUCUAUGUUGCGUGGAAACACAAAAUACUCCAUGACGUAACGCUACAUAUAUCAUGACGUCAUUGUCGGACACCAAGCAUAUAUUCAUAGUAAGAGAGAUUGAUGGGGCAUCCAAUUUUGCAGCUGACUAAGACCAUGCAUGAUUCACAUGUUGCGUGCGACGAGAUUAUAAACUCGCUUUGUGAUAAUUAUUUAUUUCAUUGCGGACCCCUGCAACAAGGCCAGUUUAUCAGCUUUUAUCUACAUGCAGAGUUUGGUAAGCAAAAUGUUAGACUUGAGAAGGGCAACUAUAGCUACCUCAUGAAAUUCUAUUGUACAAGUGAUACAGUUUAUGCGGAGUUUAAUGGUUAUGGACUAUUUUGUGUAUCUCUCUUGUGCGCCCUUGUUUUUUUCUCUGCGGCAACACUUUGAAAUGAGUCAAACACUGGGAUUCAGCCGUUGAUAAUAUAGUUAUUGACCACUUAUGCUUGACAGAAAGAUGGUAAUCCUCCUUUCCUCUAAGUAGUUUUGAUGCCCAUCCAAGAUGGUUUCCUGGCCUGCGCCGUAAUACAAAGGGCUCGAUCUUGACGAUUAGGAAACAAUGGUCUGCAUUGUGUACAAAUAUGUAGUGUGAAUUUAUGUGGUCAUAAUAAUAGCAAGGGUUUGUUUGGUCACUGCUUUUUUGUCUGUUGUUAUUGUUGGAAUGCUUUUUUCUAUUUUCUGUAUAACAAAGAGAGUUUGAUUGGGCUUAUCUGUUUCUGUGAAUAGCCUCUCCAUCUACGGUGUCUCUUUAAAACUUUUCUUAAGAGGAAUAGGCCACUUCAAAGAAUACCAUAGUAUUCUCAAAAUUGUCAUUUGGGUAGUACUUCAUGUAAACCUUACUUUUGCAUUAUCUUUUGGCAUGAUUUGCACAUGCAAUGCAGGUCAGUUUGUUAAAAAUUUGCAUACUCAGCGUAUUUCCCAUGCAAGGGCAAAGUAUACUUUAUUAAUUUUGUCUUUCAUUACAUUCAGGGGUUCGGCAACAACAGAAUUAAGUUGGAAGUUCUCUUUAAUCAGAGAAAAAUGCAAGGUGCUAGAUGUGCAAAUGCAACACUCCUUUUCAUACUCUGAAUUCUAUUUUAGAAACUGGUAAUUGCACUUGCAUUUCAUGCAAAGAACAAAAGAUAAUGUGAACUUUAGGUUUACAUGAAGCUCUAAACAAACGGCGAUUUGAGAAUAUUAUGGUAUAUUUCACAGUGGCCUAUUGGCUCUGAGUAGCCAGUGCUUUACCUUUGCCUUUGAUGAUGCCAUUACCCCCAGCUCUUGGGUGGCAAGAUGAGAAUUGUAUAUUAGGAGGGAGCUUAAGCAACUACGACGAUGACCACAAUGACAACUUCAAAAAAAACAAUAGGUUUAAUGAUCAAAACAACAGCUCUGCACAUGCAGCACGAUUUUUAGUACAUUUUUUUGACGUCCACUGUACAACUUUGAAGUGAAACCUCCCAAUGCGAUGUUUUAUGGAGGACCUCGUCCUCGGAGACCCAGGGGCAGUCAGUCGGGUCAGGGGAAAAAAGUGAGAUGAAAGUUUUCAAGUAUGGGCGAAAGAGCCCCUGAGUACCGACUCUCACUGAGCUAUUUCCAAAAAUUUAAGCGGAUGCCGGCUCCUGAUUGGGCACAAAAAAUGCUUUGUAUUAUUGUGCCCAAUCGGCAAACAGUUUCUCCUGAGUUCUUUUUGUGAGUUCGUACACAACGGCUAAGUGUCUCGAUCACGGCUUGUCUGGCUCAUGCACCACAGAAGUUCACACAGUCAGGAAACUUUCAGUUUGAUAUAAAAUCCCCAUCUGAUUUCAAAAUACUGUCUGCCCGAAAACUAAAGACGCUUUUCCAAUAAUACAAGCUUGAGCUUACAACAGGUAUUCACACUUGCAUCUGUCACGUCUUGUGUAAAUAUUAGGGAGUUUUUAAAAGAUACCACGACGACUGACAACCACAAAAACAUUGCAUGGAAAAUGGAAUUCACACUUUUUCAGUUUCUAUCGUGAUUAUUCCAAUUAACUCACUUACUUUAAUUUGUCAAAUGCAAGCAAACUCUUCUAGAGCUGAAUUUCUAUCAACCAUAUCCAAGUUCAUGAAGAGAAUGAAUUUUGUCAUUGCUUGUUUACGUCCCUCACAAAACAUGUCUGAUUAGGCAUUUUCAUGGGUAGUCAUGCAGUUGACCGCAAAGAAAUGUACAGAAACGUGUGAUGCAUGGCAAAGCUUUUUUUUGCCUUACUCAAGCUAUUUCUUAUUUGACUUUCUUCUCCCGACCAGACUGACUGCCCCUGGGUCUCCGAGGAGGGGAGGACGUGGACAUAUGACAACAAAACUCCUUCCUCUUUUUGAACCAGAUUAAAUUCCUUAAGAAUUCAACUCCAGGAAACAUCGUGGGCAUUUGGCAUAUUGAGCAGCUACAAAUAGAUGCGAUUAAGUUUGAAAGAAUGCAAAUUCAUUUUUUUACUGACGUUUUCACUGCUGUCAUUGUCGUCCUUGCUUAAGAUCCCUAGUGUCAUUUAUUUGUAAUCAUGAUUCUGACCUCAUAUUACUAAAGUAAAUCUAUUAUCGAUCUAACAUAGUUUGUCGAUAGUUUAUUGGGGCAUUUCAAAAGCUGCAGUUCUUGAAGCCUUUUUUGGACUUGACCAAGAUGGGCCGGAAGCAUUUUUUACUUCUGAGUUCAGAAUUAAAUGGUCACUGAUGCGAUUCUGUUGCUCUUUUUUUGGGAAUUUUUUUUUCUAAUUUCAUAUUUUUCGACAGACAAUUUCACCUUUUUCACUUUUCAGAUAGCAAUACCUAUAUAUUUAGGUACCUAAAUUUCACAUCAUUAAUUUUCUUUGCACUUUGGUGGGCUAGAAAUAAGUUUGGUGUGAUUUUCUCCUUUGUUUUAACACAGUUUUCACUUUCACUUGUCGCUUACGCAGGCCUGCUGAGGGGGUCUUUUUUAAAUUUUAUUAUUCACAAGCGUUUUAAUUCACAGAGCUGAAACUUCCGUUCUAGUUAAAAGAAUCACAGCUCUUUCAUGUCAUUUUAUGUUAUGUUAUCAAUUAUUUUAAUUUUGCGACAUACAUGUACCAGAAUGGACUUUUUGCAGUUAAAGUUGGGCUUUAUUUCGAUGGACAAAACAGCACACAAUCAAUUAAGGUGUAAACAAUGAAAGCCAAAAACUUUAUUAUAAUUUAAGUUAUUUUGCGAGACAUUAAAUUAUUUUAUUGCAGCCUUUAAGCUUUGAGUAAUUGGUAAAUACAUGUGCAAUAUAUAUCAAGUCAAUAUAUAGGAGCUUUUGCACGCUUGUACUACUGCUGGAAGAUUGUUGAAAUUUACAGCAUUUUCACGAAUAAGAAAAAGUAUUUUUAUGGAGUUUUGGAACUUUUUUUCCGUUCUAAAAAUUCAAAUUUUGAAAUUUGCAGCAUUUUCUUGAGUAAAAAAGUGUAUUUUUAUGGCGUUUUGGAACUUUUCCAAAUUUCUCAAAAUGUUAAGCACUUGGGGAUUGUUCUUAAUAUCAUUUCUUGAAAUAGUUCACCUAAAAACAACUCCAUAAAAAUACAAAAUACAAAAAUACAAAAAUGCUGCAAAUUUCAAAAUUCGAAUUUUUAGAACUGAUUUGAGAUUCUCAAUAUUUUCCGACGUUGGCUCUUAAGACCUCAUGACUUAGCAUUUUGGUCUGAGCAGUGACUGCAGGACACAUGAACAGGUUUUCUUGCCUUCGACCGAAACUAGAACAGCAGUCACUUAUCCCAUAUUUUUAAUUGUAUUUCUUUUCCACUAUUUUCUGUCUUGUAUUUUAAUGAGAGCAUACAUUGUAUAUUUGAUAUUUUAAGAAGUGCACGGUUUCACCCCCAAAUUCCCUUCCCUAAUUCCCUUUUAAACUCCAGCCACACAGGCUACCUCUCAAUAAAUGGUGCAUCUCCUGGUAACUUUCUCACACAUAAGUUUCACGGUAAUGUGCAAUGUAAACUAUAUGAUGUGAGGAAGAUGAGUUUUUUUUUUCUGAAAGGCCGUUAAUUAUUACAUGCAUAGUUGAUACAUUUUUUAACCGUUUUUUCUACCUCUAGUUUCAAAAACUCUUGCUAAAAGAAAACUCUCUCUUUCAUUGCUAUGAUGAUAUAUACCUGUAGGUGGAAAACAAUAAAAAUCUCAAAGAGGAAACAGAACAACAUUCUAUUCCUGUGUUGACUAGAAAUUGAAGUCCUUCGUUUUCAUGCCCUCUGCUACACCUACAACUUCGUCUACAAAAGAGACAACUAAUUAUGCCAGAUUAUGCCGUGUUCUUGUUGAUAAGGGCACUUGUGCCCUCAGGGACUGCUUUGAUACCAUCUGUUCACCACCAACUCUUCACACGGUUUUGACAGUCAGUCAACCUACAUUGCAGUCUCUUAGAUCACGAAGAAUUAUCAACGCAACACAAUGGGGAAAACUUUUUCCCGCAGUCCCUGCUUCAGUAUCUUCAAGAGAUUUUGAUAUCACCUUACUUAUGAUUCUCUUAAGAAACAUAUGUGGUCUGGCUCCACCACUUGCGGGAUGGGACGCCCUGCCUGCAGCCACGGAAAUCAGCCGUGAAGCAGAUAUUGCACGUAUCAAAUACCUCAGAAAUAGCAUUUAUGCUCAUGCUGAUCACGCUUCUGUCGAUGAUGCAACAUUCGACACACACUGGAAGGAAAUUCGAGACACUCCAGUACGGCUAGGAGGAACUACAUACAAGGUAAAGUAGACCCAUUAAAUACAAUAGCAUGCUAAUGGGGACAGACAAGAAAUUUAGGACAAAAAAAAUCAGGCACAAGAAAGGACGUAAAAACAAUUUAAGCAAGCUCUGUUAAUGCUCAUUGGAUUUGCAUAUGAACAGGUAAUUUAAAAUAAAAGAAAAAAUGGAGAGUUUUACAUUGUAUGUAGACGUUAUUAUAAAUCUGCAAUGAAGACAUUUCAGGACCAUUUUAAUCAGUUAAUCAGACAAGGAUCGUGCAUUCAGCACUCAUGAUAACACCCCCACUACAAAAAAAACCUAGCUACAGCCCUGUUAGCGGUAUUAAUAUGACGUCAUCUAGGAGAGGCACCAACCACAGCCACCCCACAUGGCUUAAUUCAUGCUCUCAAGAUUUGUUUAUCUCAAUGCACUAUUGCUUCGAAUUAAAACUUGAUUUGGUUAUUAAAUUAUACAGAUUACGAUCAAAAAAAUAAAAAAAGCAGUAGACCUGGUGUAUUUGUCUAUUUCAAGGUCGCUAUUGACAACCUGGAAUUUUGCUGCAUGGAUCCCGAUAUGGAGGACCAUUACAGAGACCUCCUACAUCAGUGGAAAAAUGAUGAAGACAGCAUAAAAGAUGAAUUGAAAGAAAUUGGCACCACCGUAAAAAACCUGACAAAGAAGCUUGAUCACUUGGUGGCAUCAACGGGGACUCUUGUGGAACAAUCAAGUGAUGAAGAUGGUGAGUAUAUAGAGAAUGUGAAUGAAAAAUUUGUAUUUGAAGCUAUCUAAAACUGAUGAUGUGAUAUAAACCUGAAACCUGGGGGGGUGGUGUUGGGGGUUGGUGGGGUUACUCCCCUUAUAUUAUGCCAUAUAGGUAUCUACUGCCCUAAAGAGUAUUGGUUUUUGUUCCUUUUUGGUUUGAAAACAGGUAUUACACUGUCCCCAUUUUGAUCUGGAAUCAGGUGUGGUUUUCGAGGAAGCAUACGCUGUAUGAAAGUAUUUAUCAUCUCAAUUUCAAAUGAAAAGAAAGAAAUACUGAGAAAUAUGCAAGUUCAAAAUGCAUUUCAAGAAAUUCUUUGUUUGCGCUCUGUUCUAAGCAAUUAUGACAUAAUUUUUGUCCAAAGGCCAGGUCGGAAAACGGGUGUGAGAAAUGACAUUUUUUGGUCUGAAAGAGGGUCAGGAGAACCAUGCAGCACACCCCCACCAAGAAUUCCCAAACCUCGCCCCCAGGACUGAAACCAUACCAGGUAUUAAAAACUAGUUGUUGUUGUUGUUGUUUUUUCACUCAUGUUAAGAACAAAUGUCGCUAAAGAUUGAGCAAAAUUGGAACUUGGUCAAACAAAACCUACCCUCAUACUUUCUGUGUAUAGUUAGUACUUCAGAUGACACUACUCAUUGUGGAAUUUGAUACAUUUUUGCAUGCCAAUCAAAUGAUAAUGUAUACCCAAAAGAGUUAUUAAUUUUUGCAACUUUUGCUCGCCACUAUCUCUUUAUUAAAUAACGUUACUGGGGCGUGCGUUAAGCAAGAAUGUUUUUAACGGUUCCUAUAGUAUUCCUUUACAUUUUACAGUCAGUUAUUGAGCAGAUUAAUGAUUUAUGGUUUACAAAAAUGGGCAUUGUGUGGUUAGUGGUUAAUUUAUGCAAAUUACUGCCCCCAAUAUAACUUGGCAGGAAAAUCUAAUAUGAUGUUUUUGAGCAAAAUAAAUCAUUUCAAAUGGAUGUUUAACAAAUAACUGACACAUAAUUAACAUACACCAUUAACAAAGCAAUCAAUGCGAGAAACAUUUCAGAGCCAAAGUCAAAUCACACAAGUCACCAUACAAUAAUGCAUGUCGUCGCAUGCAGAUCCCUUUUCUCAUCUUCAGUGCAUAUCUACAAAGUUUCCUUAAUUCACAUCCCUGCCAAAUUACUGUUAGCUGCUUACGAUGGGCAGAAACGUAUUUUUCCUCACCUUGCGUGAAAACGGUAUUCUGUUGGAUUCUCUUACAUGUCAACACCAUGUCUCAAGGUAAUGUAUCUUAGUCAUGCAGUGUGUCAUGUCAUAAGUGCCACAUUGAUUUUCCAGUUCUUCCAGUCCUCAAAAUAUGAAUGCUAGAAUCUUCAUGAAUUUGUGUAAGUUUUAUUAAGUAUAAUGUCAGAAAAACAGUGUUCUGUUUGCGGGGCAGCUGCUGAUCAAAAAGUUUUAAAGCGGACUUGUCUUCCUGAAUUUGUAAUGAUUCCUUGCUCCUAUACGUAGAACAAGGCGAAAUUGAAUUAUCGCCAUUUAUGAUCAUCGGCCUGAAGGAGUUGAUGAUCUUGAAGUCUGAGUCAGAUUUUUUAGAUAACAUUUUUUUGUGGCACUUUUGUGUUUCGUGUCAUGCAAUUUAAGGUGAGAGACAAAGUCGCUAAAGUAGCAUUAUAUUUACAGGCUGUGCAUUGGGGGAAAAAGAAAAAAAUCGGUGUGUGUGAAAACAAAUUGGCAAGGGAAGCGAACCGAGAGGUAAUCUGGGGAGGGGACAUGGUGGCGCCCUUCAAGCCACCCCCCUCCUCCCCCUAGACCACUGCUGGGUUCUCUUCGCUUGCCGAUAUUUUGCCUAUUUUGCCUUUUUCCCCACUGCAGAGCCUGAUAUUUACAUUAUAAUUAUUCUAACUUUGUGGGAUUUAAUUUGAUGCAGGGGGCCAGUCACACAAUACGAUUUAUGCUCUACAUUGUUUCAUGCUUGGUAUCUACUGUAUGACUAUGAGCCGGUCCUGUAAGGGGAGGCGGGUUUUGCCAAAUCCCUGGCACAAGAGAUUGCGGCACAUAAACAAUUUGUGCAAAAGGAGACUGGGAACUAUUAAAAUGCUCCACUUGCCAAGCAGAUAUUUUUUAUGACCACUGCACCAAAGUCUUUUCUCAAGUAUCCUACAAGCUUUAUUGUUAAAGUCAAUUUAAUUGAGGAGCACAAAACAAUUAUGAAAUGCUGAAGAUUUACCUUUUUACAUACCAUUUUUAACAGAAAAUUACCCCCUCUGUAUAUCUUUCUAUUGACAAAUGGUACCCCUUUCACAUGCCUAGUUUAGAACUUUGCAUCCCUCUUAACGGCUGUAAAUGCACUGUCUUUAAAAUAUGAAUAAAUCACAAAACCAGAACAUUAAGUUCUCAACGUUUUUCACAGCCAUGAAAUGCAUCUGUUAGCCGUUUUUUGGCUUUUUUAGCAACCGAAAUGGCAGUGCUCCGUACCCGUUCAUAUACUUGGAGCCUGAAAGUGGUACCCCUUUCGGGUGGAGCCUCACCAUAUAGGACAUUUUAGGGAGUAAUGUCCGAUUCAAACAGGUCAAACAAUGCUCAAUUAACACUUUCACAGGGGUCUAAGUCUACAUAAAAUGGGGCUCACUGUUUUUCGGACGUCAUACUUAAUAAACCUUUCAUGAAUUCUGGAAGAUUUUAAUAUUUGUACAGUAGACAAAAGAAGUGUUACCCCUUAUGCAGACUGUCUGCAUGGGAGGCUAAAAGAAGUACAGAUACUGUAUUAUACAGAAAUCAUGGUAAUAGUCUCAAAGGUAGUGCUUAUGAUGUGACAUUGCAUGACUAAGAUACAUUACCUGAUCACAGCCACCUGGAAAAUUGCUCCAGACAAUCCGACAGAACACCAUUUUCUACAUCUUCUUCUGCAGUGAAGAAAAUUAUGUCAGUCUUUCAAUAACCAGCUGCAGUAAUUUGACAGGUUGUCAAAAUGAAAGAAACCUUAGGGGUGUGCAUUGAAGAUGAAAGAUGGAGAGUCAAUGCAACGACAUGCAUGGAUAAGACCUAACCGUGACUUGUGUGUGAUUUGACUUUGGCUCUUAAAUGUUUCUUGUAAUCGAUUGCUUUCUUAAUGGUAUGUAAUGUGUCUGUUAUCUAUGAAUAAUUCCAUUGAUUCAUUUUGUUGGAAAACGUCAUAUUUAAUAACUGACUGUAAAAUGUAAAAGAGUACGAUCGAUAGGAACCAUCCAACAUUCUUGUUUAACAUGGCCCCAGUAACAUUAUUUAAUAGAAAGAUGGCAGCAAGCAAAAGUUGCAUCAGUAAAAUUACUAUUUUGUCUCAGGUAUACAUUUUCAUUUCAUUGGCUUGUAAAAAUUGUUUCCAAAGAGCAUGGGCCUUGAAAAGUCCUUGAAAAUUGAAAAGUUGUGGGAUACCCUUGAAAAGUCCUUGAAUAUUUUUGAAAGCUUCUUGAAUAAAAAUGACCUUUGUUAAAAAAAGGUUUUUGUGCAAAGGAAGGAUUGAAAGGAGAGCCGUGCACACAUUUUCUUGGUGAUCAUGAAAGUAUGUUUUCCUAUGAUUUCAAUGUUCCCGGCAUGGUUCUUUUUCCGUUAUUUGAAGGACCUUAGGCACGGUACCUUCCUGGGGGAAAGUAUUGCAAUGAGCAGAAUUCCCUCCACCUACAAAUUUGAAAGGUGUCUACUUCAUGUCAUUCUAUGUCAAAUUAAAGGGAAAAGAAGUCUUUCGGCCUUGAAAAGUCCUGAAAUAUUUACAUCCUGUUUCAAUUUUGAUCUAAAUCAGGGUGCUAGUGAGAAAAAAAUGUCUAUUUUUCAGCCCCGUCAAAAAAUAUCCCCCUCCCCUUGUAAAUGACAUUGAACUGGGGCCAUCAGGAGGCCCGCGAUAAAAACUGAUAAAAUUUUUAUUGAGAGGAAGGGUGAUAUUUUGCUAUAAUGCAAACCGAUUUUUAGCUGUUUGUCAGCUUUCUGAACUAUUUACCUAACAAAACUGCAUUUUUCAAGGAAAAAAAUUGUCCAAAAAAGUGCAAUUUUUGGCCCAAACCUCCCCUGAUGCCCAGUACAGGUUUUUGUUAGAAGUCAAACAAAUGCCACAGUGAGUAGUUUCAUCUGAAGUACUAACUACACACAAAGUAUGAGGGAAGGUUUUGACUGACCAUUUCUAAUUUUGCUCAAUCCUUCGUUCUUAAAAAGUGCCCUCCCCCUCGCCACCUCCAGCUGUACCCUCUGCAUGGUCCCAGUUCCCUAUGAAGGUAGUGUACCAUGCCCGCUGUUACAGCCAAUGAAUGGAUAUACAAAUUGGUCCUUUCAACUCCUCCCUAAAGAAAGAAGGAAAAAAGAAAGGCAAGUCCGAACAACAUUCCCGGCGCUGUAGGCCUACCUUACACCAAACCUUGAGGCUUCUUUAAACCUUUAAAUCAGGUAUAAACAUAACCUCAGGAAAAGCUUUUAAGUGUUAUAAUGUGUCUCAAGCCCAAGCGCCUUGAGCUUGUCUGCUGCUCCUUUCCGGUUAAGGCUUACGGCACAAAAACUCAAGCAGAGGCUCAAGCACGAGAUAAUUUAUCGAUUAUUAGUUUCUUUUUCUUUUGUUUAUAUAUUUAUGCGUUAUUACGUAGUGCGUAUAUAUCGGCACGAGACAAGCAUAACCACAAGCGUCAAAACCAUAGAUCUCUUUGCGGAACUUCGCUUUUCCCACCACUAUCUGAUUUUGGACUGGAUUCCUCUUAUAAAUUCCUUGGCACCAACACAAGUAUCGUCAAAAUUUAAUACUUUUGCGCCUGUUUGUCGUAUCUUAUGUUUACGCUUAUGCUUACCAUUCCUGUAGACAUCGUUGUGAUUUAAUUGCUUUCGCUUGCUUCCCGUCCUACUUGCGAACGAAUUUUUUGGCUGGCCUGAUUUGUGAUGAUGCAGCUCCACUUUUGCUUCUGGAAUCCGGAAUCCAGGGCUUUGGAAUCUGGGGUCCAGUUUCCACAGACACGAAUCCGGAAUCCAGAACCCAAGACUGUCUUGGAUUCCCUUGCAUGGGGCGACUCUCAAUGUAACUCGCAUAGCGCGAAAAUGCACCAUACUCUUUCCGUAGCUUCCUCUACAUUUUAUUGUAUAUGCAGUUCCUUUGUCAAGCAUGAAUCACUAACCCACUUUUAUUACGUUUACCACAAGGCAAUGGCCCCAAAAAGGAGGAGUUAUUGGCCACAACUUUCAUAUGCGGAGAGAAAUUUCACGAAAAUGAACUUCUGACGUUUUUCUGUACACAGUGCAAGGUGUGUAUUUGUGAUAAGUGUAGACAAACUCGUCACAAUCAUCACACCACGGUGGAUAUCCACCAAGCCGCAGAAGAGCACAAAGUUGAUAUAGAGGAAAUUGUAGAGGAAAUGAAAAGAGAAAUUGCUUAUCACACGGAGCGUGUGGAAAGAACAAAGGAAUCCUUGAGAAGAAGCAGAGAGAGGAUAGCCACAGCACGCAAGAAAGUAGUGAAAUGUGUUCAAGAUCUUACGCGACUACUACAUGAACAUGAAAAAACUAUGAUAGCCAGUUUAGAUGCCAUUGAUGGAAAAGAACAAAGAGAGCACGCAGCACAACUGGACCAUUUCGAAAUUUCUAGGAAUCAAUUACAAGAGCAUGUCGAGUUGUGCGAAGUUAUCUUACAGAGGAAGAGAAGCGCUGAAAUUCUGCAAGCGCAACAUGUUCUUAUUGGGCGGUCGAAAGGUCUUCUAAAUGCGGAGAAAGUGAACAUUUAUAAUCCACCGCACGUGAGAUACGAAAAAUGUAAAGACCAAGUGGAGAAUGUGAGAAGCGCAGUUCCGAAGGUAGGUCGAAUUGUUGUUAGUAAAACAGAUCCUUUGCAGUCGGUAGCUGAAGGGAAAGCGUUCCAUGAAGGAGACGUCGGGAGUGACGCCACCUUCAUAGUAAAGACAAAAGAUGCUGGAGGAAACCAGUGCUACGAUAAAAACGAUGAGGUCUACAUUACAGUUCGAUCACCCACAGGAAAAGAAGGAUACGGCCGCUUUGUUUCAGUCAAUGAAAAUGGCGAAUAUGAGUUCACUUUCACUCCUGAAUGGGUUGGACAACAUGAAGUCACGAUUGUGGUUAACGGUGAUCCGCUGGCUGGUAGUCCAUGGCGUGUUCAUGUAACUUCGCAUCGUUACAAACCGAUAUUUUCCUUUGGUUCAUAUGGCAAAGGGCGAGGACAGCUGAAAUGUCCCUGCUCUAUUGCAGUAACAGAGUUUUAUGUUGCAGUGGCCGACAUGAAAAGGGUACAGCUAUUUAACAAAGCUGGAACGUAUCUGAGAGAAAUUAUUCCCAACAAAGUACCAUUAUCAGUGGCAUUCAUCACGUCAUAUGAUCUUAUUGUCGUUUCUUCUGAAACGAUUUUUAGUUUCAGUAUACUGCGUGACAAAUCUGUAAGAAAAUUCACCAACAAAUACCUAACGUUACCACGGCACAUGACAAUUACACGUCGUUAUAAUCAAAUGGUGGUGUGUGAUGAGGGUGACCGUACAGUCAAGGUACUGUCCUCUUAUGGGGAGCAGCUGCUACUAACCAUUAGUGACCCUGACCGUCGCCUUCCACGCUGUGCAGUGGGUCAUCAGAAUAGGCUUUUUGUUUCCUAUGUUGAUGUAAAUAAUGUUUACGUGUUCAAUGAUAAUGGCGUGUUUCUGUACAGCAUCGGCACUUCAGAGACUGGUGACGAACUACUGAAUUCUCCUGUUAGUCUUGCAGUUGACAGGUUUAAUAACCUGGUGGUGUGUGAUCAGAAGGCAGGGCUACAGAUAUUUACUGUUGACGGAAAAUGUUUAAGCAAAAUAGAAAGACUGCAUUCUGGGUUUAAUUCACCUAAUUCAGUUGCUGUUUCAAGUGAUGGCCAGCUUUUUGUUACUGAUAAAAAUGAAAACUGUGUGCAUGUUUUCAAGUGA